CGGGUGCGUCCCAGCCGAGUCCAUGGUCUCAUGCGCUGGCGUCGCGAAAAAGCAACAUUCUGCAGGUGACGAUGCAACGCUAGAGGGUGGGGCGUGGUUUCGCAGCCGUCGUGGAGAUUUUGUUUUUUUGGUCUCAGGGCAUGUUCUCCGCGAUUUGCUUCUCGCUCAUCACUUCCCUUCGUCGCACGGGGGGUGAGACACGAAGAUGGAGGCCUUCGACUGUGUUGUGGUCGGCGCGGGCUGGUAUGGGCUGGGGGCGGCCAAGCAGUACCACUUCACCCACCCGGAUGAUUCGCUCGUCGUCUUCGACGGCCAGGCCACGGUGGGCGGCACCUGGGCUGCCGAGCGCCUGUAUCCGGGCCUGAAGAGCAAUAACCUGCUGGGAACGUAUGAGUAUCCCGACUUCCCCAUGACCACCGCCAGGUUCGGUGUCAAGGAAGGCGAGCACAUCCCCGGCGAGGUCAUUCAUGAGUAUCUCAAGGCCUACGUGGCCGAGUUCGGCAUCGCGGACUGCAUCCGGCUGCGCACGAAAGUCCUGUCGGCCGAGCACCAGGACACGCCCGAGGGGGGCUGGAUCUUGACCAUUGCCGCCUCGUCGGACGCCAAUGGCGCCGCGCAGGAGCAGAAACGUGUCAAGACACGGCGCCUCAUCGUCGCCACGGGGCUGACCUCCGAUGCCUUCCUGCCGCACUUUGAGGGCCAGGAAACCUUUGGCGGCCGCGUCUUCCACGGCAAGCACUUCCAGCAGCACCGCGACACGCUGCAGACGGCCAAGUCGGUCGUGAUCUUUGGCGGCACCAAGUUUGCCUGGGACGCGGCAUAUGCCUACGCCACCGCAGGCGUCGAAACGCACAUGGUCAUCCGGUCAUCCGGCCACGGCCCCUGUUGGAUGUCGCCUCCGUACGUCACGCCGCUGAAGAAGUGGAUUGAGAAGCUCGCAGAUAUCCGCGCCCUGACUUGGUUCAGCCCCUGCAUCUGGGGCGACGUCGACGGCUAUGCCGGCACCCGCAACUUCCUGCACGGCACCGCGCUGGGGCGCAAGAUCGUCGACACCUUCUGGAGCAUCCUCGGCGGCGACGUGCUGACGCUCAAUGGGUUCGACAAGCACCCGGAGACGGCCAAGCUGAAGCCGUGGCUGCCCGCCAUGUUCGUCGGCACCAGCUUCAGCAUCCUCAACUACGACACCGACUUCUACCAGCUCGUCCGCGACGGCAAGAUCAAGGUCCACAUCAGCGAGAUCACCCACCUCAGCCCGGGCAAGGUGCACCUCUCGGACGGCGUCCAGCUGGCCGCCGACGUCCUGCUGGCUAACACGGGCUGGAAGCACGUCCCGCCGGUCAAGUUCCUGCCCGAAGGCAUCGAGAAGGAGCUCGGCGUGCCGCAUGCCCCCGACAACAACAACACGGCGGGGACAGCCGAGAAGGACCUCGCGUGCCAGCAGGACCUCAUCGACGAGGCGGACAGGCAGAUCCUGCAGCGCUUCCCGCGGCUGAAGGACCAGCCGGUGUGGAACAAGGCGUUCGUGCCGCUGCUGGAGCAGAAGGGCCUGGCCAGCAGCGACGCGGUGACGCCGUGCACGCCGCUGUCGCCGUACAUGCUGCACCGGUUCAUGGUGCCCGUGUCGCCGCGCUUCCUGCGCGCGCGCGACGUGGCCUUCGUCGGCGCCGUGUCCAACUUCAGCAACGUGCUGACGGCGCACCUGCAGGGCCUGUGGGUGGGCGCCUACUUCGCGGGGCGGCUGGCGGCGACCGCUCUGCCGCCGGCGGGGGCGCCGCCCGAGGGCGCCGACGUCGACCUCGACGCGCUCCGCCGCGAGACGGUGCUGCACAACCGCUUCGGCCGCUGGCGCUACCCCGUCGACUGGGGCACCGGCCGCGCGCCGUCCUUCAUCUUCGACGCCGUGCCCUACAUGGACCUGCUGCUGCGCGACCUGGGCCUCGAUCCGCACCGCAAGAAGGGCGCCUUCGCCGAGAUGUUCAGCCCCUACGGCCCCGAGGACUAUCGGGAUGUCAACAAGGACUGGGAGGCUAAGCAGGCUGCCAAGUGACGAAGGGGCUCUGGAGCAUCGGCGGUUGCGGUGGUUGUUUGUGUUGUGUUGAUGACAGUACGGUUGAUAUCCCUUUGCUUGUUAGUGCCAUAGUAGUCAGAUAAUUGAACCAGUAAUUGCAUUGCUUGGUUUCCCCGACCUGCUUGGUGUCCCUGUGAGGUGAGGGGCGCCAUAAUUAUGCUGCGUUGGACGGUUCGG